AGGGAUUUAUUGUCCCCAUAUCCACUAUAUCAGAUACAACGGAAGAAACUGGAGUUUCAAUUUAAUGUGAAAUGUCUGACUGUUAAAAACUCCUGAAACUAUUGCGAAUCAACUGGCGAAAGGAGGCCAUGGACAUAGAUUACAUUGUCUUUGAAUAAUUGCCACAUUCUUGACAUUUGCAAAUCUUGAACGCCAUCGUUGUGUUCCCUCCAUAACGUAAAUCCCACUGUCUUUAUAUCAGAUUCUAUGAAGAUUCAACAAUGCCAGCCAAAGGGACMAGUAGGUCCAGCCUGGCUGAUCUCUUGUUGACAUAURACUUUAAAGUUGUGUGUUCUGCAUGYUCUGUAAAAGAGAACGAAAUCUCGUACACCCUUAAAGCAGUCGACCACCAAUGCAGCAGAGAACUUCUAUUGGCUAAAGGCAAAGGUACUAACAAAUGGAGGCUUGUUUCCCGCCGCCCUGAAUUUCCAAACCCAAGCCAGUAUGAAGUUUGUUGGUUCUUCAAGGAGGGCUCUGGGUGUAUGAAGCACAGGAACCGCUGCACCUUCGCAAGGAGCCAYGAGGAGGCCACAGUGUGGAACUUUGUAAAGCACCAGAGGAUAGAUCACAGCACGUUAAUUAGACUGAUAACCGAGUCGGAUAGAAGUGCCAUCCAACUGCAAAACACGGCCAAAAACAUCCUCACUGAGUUCUCAGGGGAAUUUCAAGAGCUUUGUAAAGACUGCUUCCUCGGCACUCCACCAAUAAUUACAGGUAAACGGUGGAACAACACUUGCUCAGUGGAUGCAGCCCAUGUCUGGAGCCCAGUCUUGGUUCAUCACCUGGCAGAAAGUCAGGGGAAGGAAGUCUACAAUCAGAUAAGGCCUCUGCCCCCAGUCUGCCCUUUCCAGUACUGCAMCCAUGUCAUGCAAGGUAUGCCCUGUUGGCACGGGCCCAGACAGUGCCAGUUUGCCCACAGCGAGGUGGAGAUGGCUGUCUGGCGAGCAGAGGCACGYGGGGGGAGUCGCCAGGAACUCCUGCAGCUCUCCCAGGAGAGGCAACGUCAGAAGCARCAGUCGGCUCAAGACGUAGUGCCCGUCCCUAACCUGCAGGUGGCGAUCUACUGCAAGGCUUGCCUCCUAACCCUCUCCUCUCGGGAGAGCUUUUUCAAACACUGUGCCUCAUUGGAGCAUGCCCAGAUGAUCUCCGGGGACACGACCACAGAGUGGAAACAUCGUCCCCCGCCCCACGGCCGCAAAGCAGAGUUUUGGCUGUGCGAGAGGCCUGACACCUGUGAAUAUGGCACCAACUGUGUGAAAGCUCACUCUGAGGAGGAGCUUGAAGAGUGGGUAAUGCGAGCCGAAGAGGACAAGGAGAUAAGGCGCAACAUAGAGGCUCAAGGCCUCAUGUCUUACAGGGAUCGUCUUUUGGAGGAGUACAGACACAGCAGCAAUGAAGUGCACAUUAUGUCAGAGCAAGUUGAUGACGUGACUGUCACUUUUGAAGAGGAUUUGUGUGUGGAGACUGAUGCAGAAUUCCAAUGGAAGUUCCAGAUCAAAACAGAGAGACUACUUGCACAUGUAGCAUUACUGAAACAGGAACCUGGAGCCUCUUUCUCCCUGGAYGAAAACAGUCCUGAGCCCUGCACUUACUCCACGGGUGAACCGUUCUGUAWCUCAGACAUGACCUAUGACAUCAUCGUGUCCUUCAAGUCCAACAACCCGGGUCUUUACGAACAGUGGUUGGUGUUCGACUUUGACAUGAGGCCAGUGCUCCUGCAGAAACUGAAGGUUAAAGUCGGACAGCAGCUAUCCCCUAAGCUUGAGGAGCCACCUGAGGAUGUUGGGCCCCCUUCCCAGAAUCUGGAACGCUGGCAUCGGGGGAACAGGGUCUUCAUCCCCUGCUUGGAAAAGACAGAAGUACAGGAAGAGCUUCUGAAGGAGUACAAGCCUCCUCAGAUUAGUUUGCGGUAUAAACCACUUGACGACCGCAACACGCCCAUGAAUCACCAGAAUUACAAAGAGAGGAUGCACAGCUUCCUGUACACAGAGGAGCAGGCAGAAGAUCAGGUGAUUUCAAGACUCAAUGUUCGAGGGACCAUCACCUUGUCGGCCACCCUAGACAACCCUCUGUUUGGGAUGAAGAUAGCUCCUCUGGGGGAACUAUUCUGUGCCAUCUUAGUCCCUUUUACUCUCACCCCAGACACACCAGAGGGUUUGAUGCUGAGACGAGGCAUCCAGUCAGCUCUCAUAGCACCAGUAUCUUCAGAUAAUCAAAGUCACAAGGUCUACGAAGCCAUCAUUCUCAGAGACGCCACCAGUGAGUAUAAAAUGCACUUGCAGCUGUCUAAAAGAUGCUGCUCUGACCUGAAGCUCCAAAAAAAUGAAACAUGUGAAAUGGAAGUCCAGUUCCAGCUGAAUCGUCUGAAGUUUUGUGAGAUGCACAAAGCCAUAGAUCUCCUUCCAGACACAGAGAGAGUGUUACCAUACUUCAGGAACUGCAGUGUCCCUGUUAACGAAAUACAAUACCCCAAACUCAAUGCAAAGCAGCAGGCAGCCAUUGAUUUCAUCAUAGGGGACUCCGAUGGAAGAGAAAGUGUGGCCCCCCUCCUCAUUUAUGGACCGUUUGGAACUGGGAAAACCUUCACGCUCGCUACAGCAGCCAAAGAGCUGGUACGGCAACCUCACACCAAAGUACUGAUCUGCACUCUUACAAACAGCUCUGCAGAUUUGUAUGUCAAAGACCACUUCCACUCAUACAUUAACUCUGGACACCCUGAGAUGAGGCCACUGAGGAUAAAAGCAAAUAAACUAGGGGUUCCAGUGAGUUCCACGGAUGAGAUCACACAGAAGUACUGCCUUCUAUCAGAAAACGGACAGUUUUUCCUACCUCCUGCCAAAUGUGAUUUAGAUUGCCAUCGAAUAGUCAUCACRACCACUGCAAUGGCAAGGCACUUCCAUGACCUGAAGCUCCCUGACGGCUACUUCACCCACAUCCUGAUUGACGAAGCGUCCCAGAUGCUUGAAUGUGAAGCUCUGAUGGCCCUUGGUCUGGCUGGGCCAGUAACUCGAGUGGUUCUAGCUGGAGAUCACAUGCAGAUGGGACCAAARCUCUUUUCAGUGGACGAUGACCAACGCUCCAAUCACACCUUGCUGAACCGUCUGUUCCACUACUAUCAAGCCCAGGAGAGUAGUGCAGCUUUGAAAAGCAGAAUCAUUUUCAACGAGAACUAUCGCUCCACCAAAGAGAUAGUAGAAUUCGUGUCCACUAACUUCUACGUUGGCAAGUCUGAUGCCAUCAAGGCUGUAGGUAAUGUUCCAGCUCAUCCRAACUGCCACCCCCUGAGGUUCCACCAUGUCAGAGGAGAAUCUCACUUGGACACCACAUCCAUGUCGUGGUUUAAUCUUGAAGAGGUUACAUGCGUGGUUAAAAUAGUGCAAAAUCUGCUMAGAGAUUGGCCACCCGCAUGGGGGAAUAAGGAUCAAYGCUCAGUCUGUGUUCUCUCUGAAGGAUGCCAGGUUCCAAUGAUCAGGAAAGAGCUUCGGAAAAUAUCUCUGARCCGAGUGACUGUGGAAAAUAUUGCCAAUGUUCAAGGYAAACAGUUCAGAGCAAUAGUAUUGACAGCCGUUCAAACCCGUGACAGCAUUCACCCUUCUGACUCACAUUGUGUGGAGUUUUUCAACGAUGCUCGCGUACUGAACACGGCCAUGACUAGGGCUCAAUCCCAGGUUGUUGUGGUUGGAGAUGCUGCCGCUCUGUGCUACUUUGGAAAGUGCUCAAGAAUCUGGAGGAACUACAUUGACCAGUGUAUAACAAAGGGAAGUGCUGAACCGAAACACCUUACRCAAGACAUAAUUGAUAGCGAUAUCAAGGAAAUGUCAAAAUUCCAACGGUCAGAAGACCUGGAUGAGACCAGCGCUCAGUCAGUUAUGUUCGGCACAGGGAACAACGUGGAUGCGAUUCUCCAACAGCUGCAAGAGSAGCAAAACAUGGCAAUCUACAAUUCAUCUGAUGGAGACAAAUYGGAAUCAAAAAAUGUAGACCAAAAUAGACCAUACGAUGGUACCGAAGUUGAAAGAGAUGAGUUGUUGCAGUUGUUGAGAGAGCAGCCAAAUGUGUACAAGCAAGGUGAAUUGGUUAUGGAGAAAUAUAACGCAGGUUAUAUCAUACCAUUUGAYAACCCAACUAAGCACAUUAUCAUCAAAGGUAGAGCUAACCUCGGCAAGUCCUUCGCUGGUGACGAAGUGGUGGUAGAAGAAUUUCCUCGUGAGGGCCAUUCACAGGGAAAGGUGUUAGGCACCAUCAAGGCAGCUGAAUCCUCUCGUGUGUUUGUUUGUACCCUCGAAGAUGAAAAUUACCAUAAACACAAAACUACGUCUGAAUAUCAAUAUCUCAGAAAGAUAAUGGUACCCCUCAAUAAGAACACUACCAAAAUUUGCACCUUGUUCAGUAAGAAGUGUCGCAAUUUAAUUCCAAUAUGGAAGCAUGAUGACGGAGAAUGGGAGAUUGUCAGACAUCAACACCUUGAUGAAGACAUCAAACGCAAUCAUGUCUUUGUGGUGGAGGUCUUUGACUGGAAAACGAAAACUGAAAGCAAUGAAAUCUAUCCCUUUCCGUUAGGGAACGUGAUAGAUAUUGUUCCCAUAGGAUCAUCUUUGGAAGAGGGCUUAAGGAUUUUGGACGCAGAAUUUAAAGUCGAACCAUCGCCUCCCAGACAUGUUUUAGAUGAAGUGUGUUCCUGGGAAGACACCCACAUUGGUAACAGAAAGGACCUCCGAAAGUUGACUACUUUCACUGUUGACCCAAAGAAAUCCCAAGAYUUGGAUGAUGCAAUUAGUGUCAUUGACAAGGAAAGCUAUUAUGAGGUUGGAGUCCACAUAGCAGAUGUGGCAAGUUUCGUGAAGAUUGGUGAUUCGUUGGAUGAUUGUGCACAAAAACAGGGUGCAACAUUUUACAGUCCUAAAGAACCAGUUUACAUGUUCCCAAAACCAUUUAGCAUCAACCACUUGAGUCUCCUGCCUGGUCGAGAUCGUAUGGUCAUUUCAUUAGUGGUACAAGUAGACAAGGCAACAGACAAAAUCAUUGACAAGAACUUCAAUCUUUCUCAGAUCAAUUCUGAUAGAAAGUUGUCUUAUGAAGAGGCGGAGGACAUCAUCAGUAAGCAGUCAAGAGAAGAGGCCAAGUUUGAUACUGUAGAAGACUGUGUUGCUGUGGCAUAUCGUUUUGCCAAAGUCCAAAGGAAGGCCAGGCUUGGCAAGGAUUGGAACUAUAAACGACUGGAUGAUCACCAGAUGCCGGGGAAGAGAAGAUCCCAUCAGAUGAUUGAGGAGCUUAGUGUACUGUUCAACAAUUMUGUGUCUGAAUUUUUGAUCAACGCAAAAGAAACCAUGCACUGCACUCCUCUCCGAUGUCAAGCAAGACCUGACCCUAAAAUGGUCAAAGACUUGAAAGCGCAGUGCAAAGACAUCAUAUCACUGUCCUCACACCUAAGGCACAACCUUGACCACGACCAUGACCAAGAGGUCUUGGAGAGCAAAAGCUUCCCCGUGCUAACAUCAGUGUGGAAUGAGAUCCUAUCAGCUGCUGGGAACGGGGAAGUUGACACUGACAGAAUGAUUGAUCUGAUAGCUACAGAUGAUAUCUAUCCCCAGCUCCUUCCAGUGAUAUCUAAGUUUAGGAAGUGUCUUGGCAARGCGUAUGUCAUCCGUUCCAAUUCAUCCCAUAAGGCAACUGUUGGGCACUAUUCCUUGCAUYUGAAGUCCUAUACACAAGCAUCCUCGCCCAUACGUCGCUACAUGGAUGUUAUCCUGCAAAGGCUUUUGCAUUCAAUCCUAAGCGGCACUCCAGUCCAAUAUUCUUCACAAGACAUUGACAUUCUGGGUCAGAAGAAUGAAGAAAGAUACAAGAAGGCCAAUGAGUAUGAAAAGAGGGCUGAGAUGAUUUCCUUUGCCAUGGACAUGAAGAAACAAAAUGCUUUGAAGAUAGCAUUUGUUGUUGGUGUUGAGGUAGGAGACAGUUUCAAGCUGUCAUUUCCAUUUGACAGGYACUCAUUUCCAGACAGUUUGCCUGUUAUGUACAGAKAUUUGCAACUGGAGGAUCAACCAYUGUACGACUCAAAMGAGAAUCACAUGACUCUAACAUGGAGAAGACGAGUGUACUCAGUUGACACUGCCAAAACUCACCAAGAGCUAAAAAGAGUSCAAAAUUCUUCUGCGUGCACCGAGCUUUCACAAAAGACUUGGCGAGACAUUGUUGAUGCAAUUGACCAGGAAAAAUGGAACAUAGCAAGGUCUCUCAUACUAAGCGCCACAACAAAGCAAAUGGAACAUUUUAAGAGUGUGCCAAAACAUACCACAAUGGAUUUGCUUGACACUGGGAAUGACUCUCAUAGAACUGCACAUGGACAAGAUAAAAWWWYUGAAAUGGAGCACUAUGUUGAUCUUACUCUCCAGUUGAAGCCAGGAGACACACUUCAAGUCCAAAUUACAUCUGAAAGAAAGCGAGGUUAUUGGACACCCACUCUUCAGUUGGUAUGCAUCAAACCAACAUUUGAGGUGUGUGUAGACCAUGCCCACAGCCCUAUCACAUGCUUCUCCAAAUGUGCAGACCGUCCAUCCAAGAGUGAAUAUAGCAACGCUGAAGAGUAUGUGAGGAUCUGGAAACCACUUUGUGAGAUGGAGUCUGCAGCCAAUGCUGUGGAUGAAAGUGACAUCAUAAUCAUUGAGGACCUGGAGCUGAACUUGCAAGGGAGAAAACUAGAAGGAAGGUUAAUAGAAGGAAGUUUUGACCUUCCUCUCGAAUACAUUAAAGAAUGGGCCAUCGAAUGYAACCUUAACAAGUGCUUACUGUGUAUCCGAAAAAGAGGGUUGAAACUGGCCUCAACCCCUGACCCAUCAGAUGAAGUAGUUGACCCUAMAAACUACACAUGGGUGGCCCAUGGUGUUACAACCAAGUUCGACGAACCAAAGAAGAACUCUCCAAAUCAAGCCAGAAAAGUGCACUUCUACAUCAACCAUUUGCCAAUGGAUACCAUUCCAGAGUGUGUCUCCCAGAGAAAGACAACAUAUACAGUUGAGAUAAUCCCAAAGCUUCUACCAGACGUACGUAAAGAAAUGGCUGUGAACAAUGUUGUGCAUGCAAAUGAGCUUGUKCAGAAAAUAGCCCUAGGACAACCCAUUCCAAAAGGAGCUUCGCAAUCUGUUGUACCACGACACCGACUCAURAGAGAAAAGGCACCAGAAGGUCUCCCAGAGCUGAAUAAGAGUCAAAUUGAUGCAGUGGAGAAAUCUCUGAAUAACAACUUCACACUCAUACAAGGACCACCUGGGACUGGAAAGACCGUUGUAGGAGUGUACAUUGUGUACUGGUACCAUGUGCUAAACUCCCACAACCCCAGGAUAUUUGAAGAUCCCAAGGACAAGGACAAGAAAGAAGUUAUUCUCUACUGUGGUCCUUCCAACAAGUCUGUCGAUGUGGUUGCUGAGUACCUGUUGAGGUUUGGAGACAAGCUGAAGCCCCUCAGGUUGUACAGCCGACAAAUGGAGAUGCUUGAGUACCCAUACCCAGGCAGUAUCCUUCAGCUGUCUCCCAGGUCACUUCGCCAAGAGCGGUCCAAGCCAAAUCUCAGAGCUAUUACCUUGCAUCAUCGCAUACGGGAAAAAGAAAAUCCGCAUUCCGGGGAAAUWAAAGAGUUUGACCGCAGAAUAAACCUAGCCAGAGAGGGGGGAGAGGAGCUGACAGACGAAGAAGUUGAGGAGUACAAAAAGCUUCUGAAUAAAGCUCGUGUGUAUGAGCUGCAGAGACACGAUGUCAUUCUGUGCACCUGCACAGCAGCCUCCACCCCUAACCUGAUUAAAACAGUCAGUGCACGCCAGAUUCUUAUUGAUGAAUGUGCUAUGGCAACGGAACCUCAGGCCCUCAUCCCAUUGGUCAGCAACAAACCAGAAAAGAUUGUGUUGCUCGGUGACCACAAACAACUACGUCCCAUCAUCAAGAAUGAACUUGUGAGGAAGUUGGGGAUGUCAAAGUCUCUGUUUGAGCGCUACUUUGAACGCCGGUCCCAGACAGUGAUGCUUGAUACCCAGUACAGAAUGCAUGAAGAUAUAUGCAAGUUCCCAUCAGAGGAGUAUUAUGAAGGAAAACUGAAGACUGAYGUGGAUCGCCCAAAUAGUGUCCUUCUGGCUGACAGCAGGCAGACGCACAUUGUUUUCGGCAACAUCAGUGGAGAAGAGGUCAGCCUGGUUGUGAGCACAGGAAAAGGAAAUGAAAACUCCAAAGCGAAUUUGGAGGAGAGAGACGUAGUGGUUCGGCUCGCCAAGCAGCUGGUGACAGAUUCCAAAAUAAAACAACAGAGUAUGGCGAUCCUAUCUCCCUACAAUGCCCAGGUGGCCGAAAUUAAGAAAGAACUGAGAAAAAUACAACUGGACGAAAUCACGGUCACCACCAUCACAAAAAGUCAAGGAAGUGAAUGGAGCUAUGUCAUCCUGUCCACUGUGCGCUCCUUACCCAGCAAGGAGAUCGAGACAGAGCCGGACUGGGCCUGGCUGUCCAAACAUGUGGGCUUUGUUCGUGACCCCAACCAGAUAAACGUGGGCAUUACCAGGGCCAAAGAGGGACUGUGCAUUAUCGGUAACCAGGAGUUGUUGAGCCGCAGUGGCGCUUGGAGACAACUCCUCAAACAUUAUACGGCAAGGAACUUUGUCACAGAAGCUAAAAAGAUCUCUGUGCGCAAAGUAGCAAAAUAGCGUGUAAGCACUGUCUACAUUGAGCGACGUGGUCUCGGCACCGGAUCGGUGCACAAUGAACAGUAAAAAACACUUUUUCAGGAUACAUUUAUGAUGUUGCUUUAGUUUCAAUGUUGAGUCAAAUGAGUUAAAUACUGCACUCACUGUCAUUUUUAAUGUGACCUUUCAAUUUUAUUCAAUGGUCUCCUUUUUUAAUUACUACCUAUGCUCUUAGUGUCUGGUUUAUGUGUGUUUAAACUGUGAGAUGUUAUUCUGCACAAUUAUUUACAGUGAAGUUCAAAUUAUAUUUUUGAGAAAUGUUUUAUAUUUUUGUUGAAUCAAAUACUGUGAUCUUUAAAUCAACUGUACUAGAUAGUGUACAUUUGUACGGCUGUAUUCUCUUACUAUUUGUAUUUUACAAUUUCAUUUCAACWGUGUUCUUCUACACUGUUUUAUACGGCAGAUCUUUUUGGUCAAAUUUUUCAAGGUAUCACAUUCCAUUUAUAAAUUAUCGUAUUUUCCCAAAUGAAGCUUAAAUCUGACUGAAAUGUUAUGCUAUAAAAUAUGUUUCAUAGUAAAAGGACUAUGCAUUAGUUAAUCCUAGUCUGGCUGCUGUAGGUGUAUUCCAGUGUGUAUACUAGAUAUAGAUUAUAUUAGAUGUAGUAUGGUAAAGAUUGGAUUCAUUUUGAUCUAAAUCAUUUAAUAAAGUAAUAGCUGAUCAUAAAAAAUGGCUUUGUUCUUUUUG